AUAUUUCUCUUUUGUUUCAAGCUUUUCUCUGAAUAAUACCUCACGAGUUACCUACAAAUGGGGAACUAUAUUUCCAUUAAUACUGUCUACAGAAAAAGAAAAGCUGUGCCUAUAGAAACUACAUUCAAGCUUCCAUCUCCAUUGCCAUCUUGGCCACCAGGUAAUGGUUUUGGAAAUGGAAUUAUUGAUCUUGGAGGAUUACAAGUUUGUCAAAUAUCAUCUCUUAACAAAAUUUGGUCUACUCAUGAAGGUGGACCAGAUAAUCUUGGUGCUUCUUUUUUUGAUCCUUCACAAAUCCCCCAAGGAUACUUUAUGUUGGGUUGUUACAGCCAAUCCAAUAAUAGACCACUUCACGGUUGGGUUCUCGCCGGAAAAGAUAAUACAAACGGAGCAUUAAAGCAACCGAUUGAUUACACUCUAGUCUAUAGCAGCGAAUCUUUGAAAAUCAAGCAAGAUGGAAUUGGCUAUAUUUGGCAACCAAAUCCACCUGAUGGUUACAAAUCCGUCGGCCUUGUCGUUACUAAUUCUCCUGUCAAACCAUCCUUGGAAAAAAUCCGUUGCGUUAGGUCAGAAUUCACCGAUCUCUGCGAGAAGGAUAAUUGGAUCUGGGGACAAAGCAAGCAAAUUGAUCCAAAUGGUUUUAAUAUUUUCAGUUUGAGACCUAGCAUUAGAGGGACUCGAGCUAUGGGUGUUUCUGUGGGCGCUUUUGCCGCUGAAAAUGGAAAUUCGAGUACGGAUCCUGUUUCAUUAUCCUGCUUAAAGAAUCUCAAUAAAAAUCUAUCUUCCAUGCCGAAUGAAAAUCAAAUCCAGGCAGUUUUUCGGACAUACUCCCCAAUCAUAUAUUUCCAUCCUGACGAAGAAUUUCUUUCAUCUUCCGUCAAUUGGUAUUUCAACAACGGAGCAUUGUUAUAUAAGAAAGGACAAGAAUCAAAUCCUGUCAGGAUCGAAACAAACGGCUCAAAUCUUCCUCAGGAUGGCGUAAACGACGACGUAUACUGGCUAGACUUACCCGUAGACGAAAAAGCCAAAGAACGAGUUAAACGAGGCGAUUUACAAGAAUCUGAAGUGUAUUUACAUAUCAAGCCAAUGUUCGGAGCAACUUUCACGGACAUAGCUAUCUGGGUUUUCUGUCCUUUUAACGGUCCGGCCAAGGCUAAAAUCGAGAUUUUCAAUAUUUCAUUAGGAAAAAUCGGGGAACAUGUCGGCGAUUGGGAGCAUAUAACAUUAAGGAUUAGCAAUUUCAACGGCGAAUUACAGAGUGUAUAUUUCUCAGAACACAGUAGAGGAACUUGGGUUAAUGCAUCAGAACUUGAAUUUCAGAAUGGAAAUAAAUUCGUCGCCUAUUCUUCAUUGCACGGUCACGCUAUGUAUUCAAAACCAGGGUUGGUUUUACAGGGCAAUAAUGGAAUCGGAAUAAGAAAUGAUACUGCAAAUAGUAAGAAGUUUUUGGAUACUGGAGCAAAAUUUUCUACUGUUGCAGGCUUGGAUAUUGUUGAACCGCCGUGGAUUAAUUUCUUCAGAAAAUGGGGUCCGAAAAUUAAUUAUGAUAUUGGCGACGAGAUCAAGAAAGUUGAAAAAUUGUUGCCGGGAAAACUUAAAUCUGCCUUUGAAAAAUUUGUGAAUGGGUUGCCGAAUGAAGUUCUUGGUGAAGAAGGGCCUACUGGACCUAAAGUGAAAGCUAAUUGGACUGAAGAUGAAGCUUGACUUGUUCUUGGAUCAUACACGUGUCUCACUCUUUAUUUUAUUUUGGCUUAAUUGCAAAUUAAUAUACAAACUUUGCUCUAA